UGCCUCAUUGUGAAAUCGUUCUCCGUAGUGAGCAGAUCGGGUUCUCCGUGAAAAUUCUUAGAAAAAAGAAAACAAAUAUAUUUUUACUUUUCGUAACGAACUAAUUAAGUAUGGCACGUACCAAGCAGACCGCCCGUAAAUCCACUGGAGGCAAGGCUCCACGCAAGCAGCUGGCCACUAAGGCAGCCCGUAAAUCGGCCCCGUCCACAGGUGGUGUUAAGAAGCCCCAUCGUUAUCGUCCCGGUACAGUAGCUCUGCGUGAGAUCCGUCGCUACCAGAAGUCGACCGAGUUGCUCAUCCGCAAGUUGCCUUUCCAGCGUUUGGUGCGUGAAAUCGCACAGGAUUUCAAGACCGAUUUGCGUUUCCAGUCGGCCGCUAUUGGUGCCUUGCAGGAAGCCUCUGAAGCCUAUUUGGUGGGCUUGUUUGAGGACACCAACUUGUGCGCCAUUCACGCCAAGCGUGUCACCAUUAUGCCCAAGGAUAUUCAGUUGGCGCGUCGCAUCCGCGGCGAGCGUGCUUAAGCGGCAAGAAAGCAAAUAAUGAUAACAAACAACAACAGAUUACACAACAAAUCACAUUCAUAUUAUAUAUACGUGCAUAGUUUGAUUAAUAGUUUAAAAAAAAUUGUCGUCAAUUGGAGCUUGAUUUCAUUUAAUAWCUUACACAACAUAAAUAUAAAAACUAUCUAUAUAUAGAGAGCAUUAUUAUAUAACCACACGCAUAUAUAAACAUAAUCUAUGAAUAUUAUAAUUAAUAACUGUAAUACUUAUUAUUAUUAUUAUUAUUAUUAUGAUUAUAUUAGAAUUGUACAUUAGUUUUUUAAGUUUGUAGAUCGCCCGCUGGUCACAUUGCGUCGGCAGUCGCCAUCAAAACACGAACCUACGGUAGAUGCCGUUGCAGCCAGAUCGCUGGCAUCGGGUCGCCAUCUCGAACAUCGCCCCUAUCUCCAACAGCGCAUGCAGCGUGCUGCCACAGGCAGUGUUGAGCUCUAAUACGGCAGCGCACAGCAGUCCCCAACAUCAACACCAAC